UUGGAUUCAUUGACAGCCACAGCCACACAGGACCCUGAAGGCUUCCUGGGCCACCCAGUGAAUGCCUUCAAACUGAUGAAGAGGCUGAACACAGAGUGGGGCAACCUGGAGAGCCUUGUACUUAGUGACACCACUGAUGGAUUUAUUUCCAACCUGACAAUCCAGAGACAGUACUUCCCCACAGACGAGGACCAGACCGGGGCAGCUAAAGCUCUCCUCCGGUUACAAGACACGUACAGACUGGAUGCCAACACCAUCUCUACAGGAAACCUACCUGGAGUGAAACACAAGAGCCAUAUGACAGUGGAGGACUGCUACGAGCUGGGCAAAAUCGCCUACUCUGAUGUCGAUUACUACCACACGGAGCUGUGGAUGGCCCAGGCCCUGAAACAGCUUGAUGAGGGAGAGGAGUCCACUUUAGAUAAGGCGACGGUGCUCGACUACCUCAGCUACGCCAUCUACCAGCAGGGAGAGAUCGAACGUGCGCUGGAGUACACCAAGAGGUUGCUUGAACUGGACCCCGAGCACCAGCGCGCCAAGGGCAACCUGAAGUACUUUGAGUUCCAGUUGGAGAAGCAGAAAAAGGCUGCCGAUGCAACAACUGAAAAAGAGAAGGAGCAAGGGAAAACGGAAACAACUGAGAAGAAGAAGAGGCAGAAGAGGAGUUCCCCAAAGACUUUUUCUCUCAUCCCAGAAAGGAAGAAGUAUGAGAUGCUGUGUCGUGGCGAGGGAAUCCGAAUGACUCCCCGUAGGCAGAGCCGGCUGUUCUGUCGGUACUAUGACAACAAUCAUAACCCCCAGUAUGUGCUGAGACCUGUCAAACAGCAAGAUGAGUGGGACCGCCCCUACAUUGUUCGCUACAUCGACAUCAUCUCCGACGCAGAAAUGGAUAGAAUCAAGCAAUUGGCAAAACCACGACUACGCAGGGCAACCAUCUCCAACCCCGUCACAGGAGUACUGGAGACAGCUCCUUACAGGAUCAGCAAAAGUGCUUGGCUCACUGGCUAUGAGGAUCCAAUGAUUGACAAGAUCAACCAGAGGAUUGAAGAUCUUACAGGCCUGGAAAUGGACACUGCAGAAGAGUUGCAGGUUGCAAAUUAUGGUGUUGGAGGUCAAUACGAACCUCACUUUGACUUUGGAAGGAAAGAUGAGCCAGAUGCCUUUAAAGAGCUGGGCACUGGGAACCGCAUAGCAACAUGGCUCUUCUAUAUGAGCAAUGUGUCAGCAGGUGGAGCCACAGUAUUUCCAGAUGUUGGCGCUGCAGUUUGGCCUCAAAAGGGUUCAGCAGUGUUCUGGUACAACCUGUUUGCCAGUGGGGAGGGAGACUACAGUACCCGACAUGCAGCCUGUCCAGUGCUGGUGGGCAACAAGUGGGUAUCAAAUAAGUGGAUCCAUGAACGAGGCCAGGAGUGGCGGCGACCUUGUGGCUUAAGUGAAGCUGAAUGAUGAAAAAAGACAGCCUCCUUAUUAGCUCCCUGCCCCCUCCGCGUCCCCUUCCUUGUGAACCACCGAGGACCAAAGAACACUACUGCAGAUCACAGAUGACACACGUUUUGACGAUGAUCCGUUUUACAAACACUCCAGAAUCCGAGAGAUUGAUUUAAUGUCGAGCCCGUGGACAGCAUUACCGCCACUGUGACAGAUGACAUGUCCUUAAGGUUGCUGGAUAGUUUUCAAACACUCUCUCGAGUCCCUUUCGCUACCACGUGUCUGUCUAUGCACUCCGAAUGAACUCAAGCUCUGUGGUGAGGUCAUCCUUCAGCAGUGACUGUAGGGACCAGCUUCCUUCUUUUCAGUUUGAACCUUAAAGGGACAUUUCACAUCUUUUAGUCGGCCUGUGUGAUUUGUUGUAUUCAUUGUAUUAACUGAGCACUUGGGCCUUACAGUUUGUGAGAAAAGGAGAGGAUCUUUUUAAUAUUGUAAACCACAGCUGUAAAUGUUUUUCUUUGUGAAACUACACGCACCACCUUCGAAAGAGUUCAGUUUUGUUUCUGAAAACACCUCAUUGUUCUGUUGGACUUUCCUCUGGCGUAUGACUUUACAAAGAACUGGCACGUUGUGGGAUUGCUGAAUUUUCCUUAUUUUUUACACGUGGCAGCGAUUUCUGCUUCCAACCACUGAGAAUAAAAAAGCAAAGAUAGCGCAACGUGGCAGGAAUGAAAGGACUCACAGGAUGUUAAAAAACAAAAAAGAAAUGGUCAGACUCUAAAGAAUGGGAAAGUCUGACCACAGUCUGUUGUGGUAAACACUUUAUUUGCUGUAACUAAUCAGAAGCGAUUUAGGAUGCAUGCUUAGGCUACAUCUGCGCUGUACAUUACGACACUUGUUGAUCUUCUGUAGCGAUUUCCACUCGUUUGAUUGGUUACACUCUUAUGUGGGCACAGAUGCAGAUAUCAGAAUUUAGUUUACCUGUGUUAGAGAAUUACCUGGCCUAAGAGCAAGAAAGGAGCCGUAGAACAUUAAUCAAUACACGCACUACAUUUUGCCUCAACAGAUUCAGUGGUGGAUGCUGGUGGGUUUGCUUUCAGUGUUUAGAAUAUGUGGGGGUUUUUUUCAAGGAAGAAGCAUUUUAUUUAUAUUCCCCCCCAAGCCAAUGUUGUGUCCUAAAUGAAAGUUCCUCUUUUUUUUGUAAUAAUAAAGAUUGUUUUAUUGUUCUGAAGAUAA